CUCUCCGCAGCCACAGCCAGCGACUGGUCGACUCUCCCUCAGCGCCCUCUGCAAUCCAUCGCCAGAUCAGAAUCCGUCGUCAAUGCCUGAGGACCAGCCAGUCGCGGGCCCUUCUUCGCCCUCUCGCUCAGACUGCGCAAAAGGCGAUGGUCGCAGAGCCCCUGGAAAGCAGCUGUCCUUGAAUGCAGACGAUGAAAGCGUCAUGAUUGCUGUUCGUGCACUCGACGACAUGCGCAGUGGUGCUGCAAAUGGUACAUCUUCGUCUUCCAGCCCGUCUUCCUAUCAUGAUAAUUCCCCGACGUCAGAUGCUACAUCACUGACGGCGGUCUCUCAGAGACUCUCGAUGUCUCCGGAAGGCUCAUCGUCUUCAGCACAGUUCGUCUCGCGAGUGUCUGGUUUACCAAUUGUCAACACGGCUUUACGAGCUUACGAGCAAAGCAAAGCAAGCUCGAGAGUAGUAAAAUAUGGGGCGGAGAUGAUGGAAUCGUCCGUUAGAAGUAUCUCCAAGCCUGUAAUCGAUCGUCUUCCAGUCAACCAGAUUGACGAGUUUGCAUGCAGACAGCUAGAUAGAUUUGGAAAAUACGGCGGUGAUAGUCGAGAACUUACUCCCAGCCAAGAGCCUCGAAGACGAUCAGAGGACGAUGACAGUCGAGACCAGGAUUUUCUGGAAGUAAAGGCUCAGUCCACUGCGAAAUUCAGCAUUGGUGAUCAGGAUGACGACGAAAGGCAAGGAUCAGGCACACCAUCACGUUCUUCACAGGAGAUAGCGCCUCGAAGUCGCUGGCAUAACAUUUUAUAUGAGGCUGGCGGAAUUAGCGCUGCUGUGAGCGAAGAAAGUAUGCGAAGGAUGAAAUAUUGCCUCCAAUGGCUGCAGUAUGCGACUGGGCAUAUUGACGAUCGAAUUCUUGUGCUGAGAAACCUUAUUGCGUCCUUACAGUCGCAGGGCGAAGGUGGUGACGCGCGGCCGAUAUCAGCAUCACAUAUGCAGACCCUUACGAACGUCAAGCGUGAUGUGGUUGGGACCAUUCGCCAGGCUGUUGAUGUUGUAUCAAAGUAUGCGGGAGGAGCCCUACCUGAGCCCGCGCGUACGCGUGUGCGGCAAUUCAUUUUACUCCUCCCUCAGCGCUGGGCAAAUUCGGCACAUAGGCAGACGCAAGUACCUGUCCAAGGACACACACCCGGACAGGUGAAGACAACGAGUAGACGGCAUCGACGGGCUCUCUCUGGUACAGGUUCUGGAACUGUAUCUGCUUCGAGCACUGCUCCUCCAUCACCAUUACAUAGCCCCAAGGUUACAACUCGUAGUCUUCUGCCAUUACCUGUUACGGCAGAGAGUAGCACACCUAGGCAACCCACAGCCCGACCAACGGCCGGAUCUGCAGAGCAAGCCGCACAACGCAUUCUAACACUGGCGACGGAGAGUCUGGACAUGAUACGAAAUGUUACUGGUAUCUGCAAGGAGAGUUUGGAACGUGCAGACGUAUGGGUCGAUCGUUUGCGCGUUAUUGGCGUCCAGCGUCAAAAUGCUAAUGGUCCAUCUGAUGAAUCGACACCCCAAAUUGUUCAUCGCGCAACGUCUGAAGUUUCCGAAGGGACGGUCUCGAGCUCAGCUAGUGUUAGCGGGAGUGCAACGGCGACUUUCACUUCUUUCCCACCCUCACCACGCUCAUGGCCGGUUGAUGCACCAUCACCUGCUGGACUCUCCACUAACACGUUCGACGCAUUGACCCUUAAUUCCCUUUCAGCAUCUGGAUCCGCUCUGGCUACGCCUCGGUCAAGUACUCAGAGUCUACCUACUCUUGCAGGUUACGACUGGGAAUAUACGGCCCAGAAGCUGCAGACAAUUCGAGAUACGGAUGAGAGCUAUGAGAUUGUUGGUAAAAUGGAUGCAGAUGCGGAAGAACGGACGGCUGCGAGUGCAUUGAGCGCCUUGAGGGGUGGUCCGCGGGCUGCUUCAAUGGAUAUCGACGAUAAGGAAUGAACUGAUUACGCAGUUUCGCUCGCGGUCAGCUUUUACUUUGCUUUUAAUGGGGAUCGAGGAACGCGAAUGCAUUCUUUCGUUUGGGUCGAUUCGUACGGUUUCGUUGUACCGUUUGUUAGAAAUUUACCGGCUGGCCGUCUGCUGAGUUGCAGAUACACGUGCUCUUAGCCCCUGACUGAUUUAUUCCUCUCUUACUUUUCUCCUUUCUCGAUUUUUCUAAUUUCUUUCCUCUGCUGCUCAUUAUUCUACCCGCCUCUGUCCUUUCCAUGCUGCACCGGAGUACGCUACGGUCCUUUACUUUCUCUCCGUUUCUACUCGACACCACUACGUCGGUUUAUUCUUUCUUUCUUCACUUCUUUACUCAUACAUGUACACUUGUGUUUCUUUUCGAUUUUCUUUGUGAAUUUUACUCGUUUUUCGUUAUCAGAUGGACCGAUGUAUUUCUAGGCUGAAUAUACUGUACUGGGGUUAAAUACGUAGAAUGCGAA